AUGGCCAACUUCUCCUCUUUGCAAAGCCCUACGGCUACUUUUGGGAACUGCACUAAUGAAGAUGCCUCAUUUCAAAACAUCUAUACGUCCCUAAUUUAUAUUGUUCUCUUUGUGGUGUGCUUUCCUGGGAACAUUAUUGUCAUUUCCAUAUAUACCUUCAAAAUGAGGCCUUGGAAAAGCAGCACGAUCAUUAUGUUAAACUUGGCCAUUACAGACCUGCUGUACGUGUCCUGCUUUCCCUUCCUGAUCCACUACUCAAUCAAUGGAGAAAACUGGAUCUUUGGAAGGUUCAUGUGCAAGUUCAUACGAUUCAACUUUUACUUCAACACAUACAGCAGCAUCCUCUUCCUCACCUGCUUCAGCCUCUUCCGCUUUUUUGUCGUGGUCUACCCAAUGACUUCCUUUUCCAUUCAGAAACGGCAAUGGGCCAUUGCAGCCUGCAUCGCAGUUUGGGUCAUUUCGCUCUUGGCUGUCAGCCCAAUGAUCUACCUGGUCACCACAAAGCCAAUCUCUGAUCGACUGAUCUGCAUGGACCUUACUAAUACGGAAGACCUGAAUUCCGCAAGGUGGUUUAACUGGCUUCUCACAAUAUUUGCCUUCGUCUUGCCUUUGGGAACGGUGACUCUGUGUUACGCUGUGAUUAUCUACACGUUGGCAAGGGGGCCUCACACCGGCACUGCUCACAAGCAGAAGGCACGCACACUUGCCAUAGUCCUCCUGACCGUCUUUUACGUGUGUUUCUUGCCUUUUCACAUCUUCAGAGGCAUUCGUAUUGAGUUACAGCUACACCCAGUUCACUGUGACGUAAUGCUGCAGGUCCGGGAUAUUUUUACAGUGACUAAAUCCUUAGCCGCACUAAAUACCUUCGGCAAUUUAAUCCUUUACGUUGUUCUAGGAGAUAACUUCCAGCAGGCUAUUCUUUCUGUUUUUAAACGGAUCCUAAAAACAAAUAAGAAAUAG